AUGACGGUGGUAGGCCUGAUCACCGAGUCAGCCUACAGGAGUAAGUUCAGAGAUUUAGCAGUGUGGUGCCAGGACAACAACCUCUCCCUCAACGUUAGACCUGCAGAAACCUCCAAAGAUUUGACAGAUGAGUCCUCACCAGACGAUGAGAAAAGAAGGAACUAUGGCGGGGUGUACGUAGGUCUACCAUCUGACAUGACCACCGUUGCAGGCAGCCAGUCCAAGUCCACAGAUAAAAACUAACAGAUAUAGAAGGGAAUCAUUGACAUGCAUCACAGGACUGUAGCUACAAUAUUCAGAACAUACAGAGACAUUACAUUCCUACGUUGAGAGGAGGAUUACUGACUCAUCCUCACAACCCUGCCUCCAUAGGAGUGAGACAGACUGAAAGACCCUGGGGAAUCAGGCAGAUAUGAGGUCAGCCUGCUUGGGUCCUGAGGAAACUGCCUCAGAAUGGCACCGAGUAGACCCUCAAUGGAUGCCUUUGUCUGAGGAUUCUUUGCCCUUUCUGACCCUCACAGGAAGCCGGGCAGCAGCAGAGAGGUCGGGUGGGUACGGGACGACAUUAUGGAACAUUAUGGAAUCCGGGGCAAUGUUCUGGACUAGCUCCUUGUGUUUAGGAAGAGAUGUGACACACACAGCCCUGUUACACUGAGACACCUCCUCGACCGGCUCUGUAAACAUUUAAUCCAAGUGCAUACAUUGUGGCUGGUGUAGAUAGAUGUUUUAUGUGGUGGGAGGGAUAGUGGACCCACACAAUGGCUCAAACACAAGCAGUGUUAUUCACUUAUGAUUAUAGAGUAUUUUAGGUCACCCAGUUUUUUUUUUUUUUCAGUGUCAGAUACUGUAAAUAAUUUCAGAGAUUCAUGAAAACAACAUUCUAUAACCCAUUUGGAGAUUGUGUUGUGUUAUUUUCUAGUUGGUUGCUGCCAUUGCUUUUUAAACCACUUGCAUUUACUGUCUAAAUACAAAUUGACCUACUUGUAACUUUUGGUACCAAACGGAUGGGGGACCUCCUGUGGGUGUACUGGCUUGUACUGUAGCCUGACUGUACUGUAGCGAGCAUCUGUUGUGUGCGUCAUUCAUGUCUGAGAUUGUUAAGUGUUGUGUUGUCAUUUAACCUGUGAAUCAUGCUAACAUGACAUCGUCAGUCUGGGUGGGGCUAAGAUGCAUUGAGGAUACUACUCUUACAUUUAUUUACCCACAAAGGUCUGAACUGAUCUGAGAUCUGACGUCAUCAGAUUGUUAACAAUGCAUGCAUUAUUACUCCAGGUGCCAGCAGCUGAUCUCAGUGUUCCACAUACAGUAGCUCUUGUUGGCCAUUUUAGCAGCUGCGUCACCAUCCAGAACUCGUUGUUUUUUUACGAAGAGUUAAACUCUCCAACUGCAAUUUGUAAAAUGUUGUCUUUUCUAUUUGUAAAAUUCAAAAAUGAUUCCUUUUGAAAACGAAAUGUACAAAUUUUAUUAUAACAGUUAAUUGGAAAGAUGAUCGGUCAAAAAGAAUCUGAACUACAUUGUUUAGCAAAGGUUUGCCUAAACAUAUUUGAAUCUAUAUUUCUCAUUAUGAACAACUGUACAGUGAAUCUAGUUGGAAACCAUAACACAGGCAGCAUAUUCACACGCCACAAUAUCUCCCCCCCAGAGCAUGAAUUAGAAGUCUGAAGGGAAAAGAGAAUCCAUCCAAUGUCAUCCAUCUACAUGCAGUUCCUGUUCGUGAUUUAAUGAAUGUAUGAAUGUACAGCAUCUUCACGACCACAGAGGAACAGGGAAGUAGGCCAUGCUAACCAUGCUCACACACUUGACAUUCGAGAUGUUUUGUUCUCUUCAAUACAUCAGUCUUAUUAUAUAUUCUCUACUCAACUCUACCUGGUUUGAGAUAUGAAUAUGGAAUAUACAUAAUAUUUAUAUGGAAUAUAAAUGUAGAUUAUGAAUGCUCCCUGUCGUUCAACCAUCUACUCAGUAAUCUGUGUCCGGCCGCGUGUGAGGCUUAUGAAUGCGAUGGGUACCGAUUAAAGAGCACCCCGCAGUUUCUGCUCUGCCACUACACGGCUACCACCAAACACUGAAUGCAGCGGUGCCCCUUUUCAUUGAUGUCUACAUUUCCUUUCUGUUGAGGCUCCUCCAGUUUCACCAUCGGAAUCCUCUGGCCUUUGUCUUUCACAGUGCACAGUGCAACGCAGUUCCCACUGGGCAAACACUAGUUGAAUCAACGCUGUUCCAUGUCGUUGAAAUGAAUUGGACGUCCGUGCCCAGUGGGUCUGCCUUUUCAUCUGUCCUCUGCUCUGGCCAACUCCUCCACCCUUUACAGACGGUUGUACUGUAACACACGGGGGAAUGUCACUGAGAUAAUCCUGCUUUAUUCAAUUAGGAAGACUGGGAGGGAAGAGGAUGGAAAAAAGGGUAUUCAAAAGCCACACUGGGAAAGGAAAAGUUGCUACAGAAUAUCAACACAGGAGUUGAUAACCAAGCAUAGCUAGCUGUGUACAGAAUGAAUGUAGCUCUUAGGAGGAUGGAGAAAAGGUAUGAGAAAUUGUGUUUAAAAAAGCAGUGUCCAUGGAACCCUGGUAUUUUUUACUGUAUUGUGGUUCCUUUAAGCAUUAAGGCAUAUUGGCCAUAUACCACAAGCCCCCGAGUUACCUUAUUGCUAUUCUAAACUGGUUAUCAACGUAAUUAGAGCAGUAAAAAUAAAUGUUUUGUCAUACCCGUGGUAUACAGUCUGGUAUACCACUGCUGUCAGCCAAUCAGCAUUCAGGGCUCUAACCACCCAGUUUAUAUUAGCAUAUAGCUCAUGGAAGUCUCACUGGUAUACUGUUCAUGGUGCUGCACAUGAUUACGAUGACAGGGGAAUUGAUUACUUUGGAGUAAUUUGAGGCUAAAGCAGCUGUGCUGGAGGCUUCUUAUUCUGGAUUUAUCUCCUUGUGUACAUGUGUCCAUAACACAUUUGGGAAAAGAGAAAACACAUGAGAAAACCACUGUAGAUCACUUGAGAACCAAUUGAUGACUUUUUAUGCUAUUUACUACUGUAUGAGAUACUGUUCCUAAUCAUUGAUGCUCCUAACUUGUUCUGGGUCACUUUGUGUACACACAGUACACCCUCAAACACAGUAAGAAGGACCACAGCUGCUUUAGAGAGUCAUUCUUGUUUAUAACCCGACAUGCCCUGUAUUACUU